UUAGAGCGUUGUGAUACGGAGGGUAGUUCGCGCAGGCGCGGUGCGGCGUAAACACCGUAUUACGGGCAGUAAUCGUACGCCAGUCGCCGUGGGCGGUCGUGUCGCGUUGUGUCGGAUCGCGUGUGCCGUGUGCUCGAAUACAUUGUUAAACUGUGGAUUUUUCCUGUGAUUUUUAAGAUGAGGGCGCCGUGACCACGGACGGGCUGCUCAGCGCCCUGGCCCGCCUGCGUCGCACCCCUCACCCCCACCCGUCCCCUAACCCCGCACGUACCGCGGAUGGGCGUCACCAAUCUCCCAAAAUCCAGCCGCCUCGACCCUCCCCUGAACGCGCCGCAGGUGCCGACGAGAGCAUGACAGUGGCACGCGGCGAUGGCUCCCCGGAGCGUCUCGGAGGCGCGUUACGCCGGCUUCACUAUAAAGCCACCAGGCGGGCGCACUCUGUCGGCCGACACCAUACAAACACGCCACCCAAGGUGGUCGUCAUGGGCAGCAGCACCACAUCAGACAAGACCAUCAACACGAGCACCGACUCGGCGGCGACCGCCCUCACGUCCGUCACCGGCACCGACGACUCCAUGGACGCGGAGCCCGAGGGCGCCGCCAACCUCAUCGACUGCCCGCACAUACCGCCCAUACCGCAGGAACCUCCCAGCACAGCUCCUCCCCACUACCACAGAGCACAGGACAGCUCAGAAAUACACUCCCCAGCCUAUACGAAACCGCAGUCGGCCACAGACAUAUUAGACUCCCCACGGCCCGGCCCGGCGCGUUUCGUUUUCGACGUGCCUCUACCAGAACCUAAAAAAGAAGAGCGAAAGCCAAGACCAGAGAAAAGAAACAAGACCACAGUCCAAGAAACGGCACCGUCAACUUCCAUACAAAUCCCCUACGACUCCAAAAUGGAGACGCCAAAAAGCCCAAAAAUCAACCAAACAAAAUACGAAACGCAUUUCAAAUUUGAGCCAGAAAAAAGGAGGGCCAGUGAGAGAUUUGAGCCGGACAAAAGAAGGGGGAGUGAGAAAUUUGAGCCGGAUAAGAGGAGGGGCAGUGAAGCGAGGAAGAAGAAAGAUAAGGAGUAUUAUAAGGAUGAUGUGGCGAAGUUGAGGAGGCAGUUGGAGGGGACGGAGGUAUUCACGACGGCUAGGAGGAGAUCGUCAGCGCACCAGCAUUCAGUGCCGCCGCCGUCCUCGAGAAGGCAGUCUACAGCGGCCCAAGUGCACGUAACAGCCAACCCCUUGGACGCGGCCAGCUCCAUGACCCCCGGCCGCACAACCAUCGUGGUCCAGCAGCCGUCCCUUUCCCUCGACUACGGCGGCUGCGCGACCAUCCUCGUGCGAGAGGGAGACGACUGCAGGCGCAAGAGCCGCGUCUGCAGCGACCACAUACAGCAACUGCUGGAUGUGACGAGUCACUUCACCAAUCAGGACGUGGACGAGUUUGACAAGAGGUACGGCAGCCCGCAUCAUGCCCGGUCGCAGUCGGUCAAGGCAGCGAGAUCGCGGACGGGCGAGCGUCAACUACUGGGGCUGCCCCAGCAACGGGCACGAGUGGCGUCUAUGCCCAAUACUGGGGUAGAAGAGGAGUACUACAGACUGAGGCAUUUUAGUAUAACGGGUAAAGGCGUCGUGAAUCGGGGCGACUCCCUCCGGUCGAGAAGAUCGCGGUCGAACACCUCCGUGGCCUCAAGCGCGUCGAGCACAGAGGCCGUUAACAGGGCCUCGGCCCCUUGUUCUUUAGCUUCUUCGAGGGAUUCCUCAGCGGGUCUCAGCUCGUACCGGGUGCUGGUGCUCGGAGCGCCGGGGGUUGGAAAAUCAAGCCUGGUCGGUCAAUUUAUGACGUCAGAGUAUCUACACGCGUACGACACUAGUAUAGAUGACGAAUCCGGAGAAAGGUCGGUCUGCGUGCUUCUAGCUGGCGAGGAGUCGGAGAUCACCUUCAUGGACGCCCCCGCCGAUCAGCUAGUGACGGACGGUUGCGCCCACGGCUACUGCGUCGUCUAUUCUACAGCCGAUCGCAGUAGCUUUGCCGAAGCCGAGCGAAGGCUACAAGGACUUUGGGCGGCUGGCCAUACAACGCGGCGAGCCGUCAUACUAGUGGGCAACAAGGCUGAUUUGGCGCGGUCGAGAGCUGUUAACACGGAUGAGGGCAAAUCGCUAGCGACCUCAUACGAGUGCAAGUUCAUCGAGACCUCCGUCGGCAUCAACCACAACGUGGACGAGCUGCUAGUGGGCUUGCUGACGCAGAUACGACUGAAACAGCAACACGCCGAGCGAGUCAGAAAACGAAGCAGCGCGCGCAAGAAUCGCGGACGCGCGCGCUCUCCUCAAAAUGAUGUUACGGCGCCCGCGCCGCCGCAGUCCGUGUCCGCCGCCAGUACGCCGAGAAAACGCACGCGGCUAUCUGCUAGCGUUAAGGUGCGAGGCCUCCUAGGCCGCGUGUGGGCCCGGGACUCGAAGUCCAAGUCGUGCGAGAAUCUCCACGUCCUCUAGCACUCGGCCGCCGACCCCAUCGCCUGUUUCCCGUUCUUCGACUGCGCCACUAGCUACGCUUAGGAUUCUACAAACCUCAGCAAUAUUGUGGGGAAUGAACUACUAGCUACGCUUAGAUUUCUAUUACAGGUGUCAAAUGCAGCACGUUUUGUUUGACUGAGCCGCUAGCUGCGCUUA